AUGACAGUAAGAAGUGGCAGGGGGCACGCGGACUGUCGGAAGGAGGCGGAUGGGGCCAGAGGCCCUGCGUCCAGUCACCGCCGUGCCCAGCGGCCAACACAAGGGGCUCUCGGGAAGGUGCCAAAUUCUGCCCGAUGUCACCUGGGCAGUGGCCAGCCCACCCUCUCGGCCUGUGGCCGCAUGAGCUCACAGCCCUCCCCGCAGUGCUGUGUGCUCAGCCAGACAGGACCCUCAGGACGAAGCGCAGUGAAGGGCCAGUCAUCACAGCAUGUCCACAGGGGACCAAACGCCAUCACUCAGAGAGGGAGUGAGGUGCAGCGGGACCUAGCUGCAGCACUUCCCCAGGUUGGUGCCGUGAAAGGAUUAAAGGGGGCCCAUCACGGUGGCCGCAGAGCCGCCAUCACAGCCCGGGUCCCGUCUGUGGUCAGCGUCUCCCCAGCAGGCCGAGACGCUGUGCCGUGGGCAGGAAAGGCGUCUUCAGAGCUUCUGAAGGACACAGCCAGCGAGCCACACACCCACCAUCUCGCCCAGGUGGGGUCCGAUCUCCUCUCCUUCCACGAGAACCACAUCCUGGGUGUGCGAGGGGUGGAGGGGCUGCAGGCCAUCUGCUCAGAGGUGGGUCCUCAGGGGAACACCAGCCAGGGCAAACGGAGCGAGCACUGCUGUGUGUCCCCUUGGGCGAAUCUCGGUGACGGGAGCCAAGUGAGGAGGCCCGCCUCCAGCCCCAUCCUGCAGGGCUCAGGCGCAGAUGUCCUCAGGAAGACACACUGCAGCCCUGGACACAUGUCCCUGGUCACCCGGGUCAGGCUCGGGGACAGUGUGACCAUGAAGGCGUGGCCACCACCCUGA